CUCUCAUCUCCUUUUUUUUCUAACAUAACCUUUGCUGUAAUUAAACAGAGAUUAGAAAUGAAGUUUAUUUUUGUUGUCGCUCCGGUCGACAGAUUCCAUUUUACGUGAAUGUUCAGCUAAUAGGGUAGGAUAUACUGCUUGAUAUCCAUCAUGUUCUAGGCUUCAUUGACCAAACGGGAUUGAUUGCACGCACACCACACUACUGUCUGAAAUCUGAACUUGCAAAUUCGGCGACAUUUAUGCAUGCACAUUUGUCCAUAUUACAACAUGUAAUAUAGCAUAAUUAAAAACGAUUGACCAUCAAUGCAAAGCUUGAACCGACAAACCUUUAUAACCUCAAGCCAUUAGGUUGGCCAAAUCUGUCGUCAAUCAAGCGCGCACAUCAUUCAGUAAUCUGUAUGUCCUACACUACCCCAGCUCUCCUGCCUGCAUUCUUCUAGUUCCAUCUAGCCCACGCCCAACAUACAGUUUCCACUUUUGCAUAUCACGGUGAUAGUGGUACUCAUUUGAGAUGCUAAAGAAAAAAGAGAAAGAUUCUUUAGUUGUCAAACAGAAAGGAGAAGAAUAAUGCUAAAUACUAAAGUCAAGCGCAGUUUCUACUGAGCAGACAAUUGUGUGUAUUCAGCUAGCUCAAAUGUGCAUCAUUUGUUUGCUGCGGUUCAUUUUCUAUAUUUAGAAGUACUUUGUCAGGUAGUUUCACCUAUUGGGUUCAGUGUUCAGAUGGUAGCCUGUAGUGAGACUCAACCUUAAAAACGAUUUGGUCAGUUGGAUCAUUGUAGUGGAAACAAAACUUCUUCGGCAGUGGCAGGUCAAUAAACACUCCUUCUGCUAAUUUAUUUAAUCCAUGAUUGUAGGCUCAUAAUUAUCUAUCUACGGUGUUUUUGCAAAUUACUAUAGAUUUCGUAUUUUCAACUCAGCUUGUCUUUCCAUAAUGUAGCAGCAUCCUGCUAUGUUUUCAUUGUGUGUCACCGUGCAUGAAACAUCAGGUUCAAUAUAAAGAUUUGUUAUGUUAAUUACAUAGAUCAAAAUAAUAAGUGUGUCCAAUAUCCACUAACUUUAGAUGACACGAAAAAAUAGAUUGUUAGGUGUUCACAAUUCAACAGGUUGUUAUUUUAAUUUAUAUAUCUUCAUAGUGCAAACUAUGAUUUUAAACUGUCGGGCGGAGCAAAGUACCUUUUUUUUCCUUGUAUUUUAGCCCAUCUCCAUUGGAGUUGACCUGCACAAAAUAAUUAAAUACUAAUUGUCAAAUACCUCACCUAUGAUGCAAGGAGCUCUCUAUAGACAAUGUUGGUUGUGUACGUACAAGAGUACACUUGGAGCUCUUCUUUUUACUGUCAUAGUGCUGACUGGUAUGGAGACAAUUAAGAGAGUUAUCAUGAAUGGUGUUGUGCUACUCUUACUGGUCGAUGACAUCCUUUUCUGAUGUGCUUCACGAUGUCUUUUUAGUAGUUCAUCUUUCUUGCGGACAUCCAUCUGCACAUAUCUUUCCUUACCCCGUUGCCUUUUCCGUUAUUUGGGAUCAGUGGGUGGUUCUUACUGAAGGAUGGAUGUUGUGCAUUCUUGGUGAAGGAUUGAUGUUGCAGGAGGUUUGCUUUCCCUUCAUAUGGCAUAUGGAUUGGCUGCCUCCUGUUCUCCAUGAAGAUGAGUUCAGGCAAGAACCACCUCCUGCAAAGCUGCUUAUAUGUGUACGUGAUCUAGAUCGCAGCAGGCGGCGCGGCAGAUCUGAUUGUAUGGGCUUUGCCAGGCGGCGCCGCGGUAGCGACCGCCGGGAGCACUGAUCGAAUUGGACGGGUUCAGCCGGGCGGCGCUGUGGCAGCGACUUGCACAACAACAUGAUCGGCUAUGUCGCAUGUGGCAACCACCGGAGCUCUCUUGGACCUGCUGGCUGCUGGGCGUUGUUGAUUCAUUGAUCUGGAGGGGCAAUGAUUGCGUUUGGCUGAGUUUUGGUUUUGGAUUGGAGGCGCAAUGAUCGCGUUGUAUGUUUUUUCCAUGUAUAAUGCGCUUGAUUAUUGGGUAGCGAAGGGGUUUGUCAAUAGGAGAGAGAUAUGCCCGACGCGAGAGACUGAGGAGGCUUGACGAAAGGAACGACGUACCAGGGAAUGGUUGACGACGGAACACAUUCCUUCUUUUUAAGUA